AUUAGGAAGAAGUCUCUGCAGCGAUGUCGGAGACUGCUCCCGCCGCCGCUCCCGCUGUCGCUGCCCCGGCCGCCAAAGCGGCCGCCAAGAAGCCGAAGAAGGCGGCGGGCGGCUCCAAAGCCCGGAAGCCCGCGGGCCCUAGCGUCACAGAGCUGAUCACCAAGGCCGUGUCCGCCUCCAAGGAGCGCAAGGGACUCUCCCUCGCCGCGCUCAAGAAGGCGCUGGCCGCCGGCGGCUACGAUGUGGAGAAGAACAACAGCCGCAUCAAAUUGGGGCUCAAGAGCCUCGUAGGCAAAGGCACUCUGGUGCAGACCAAGGGCACCGGUGCCUCCGGCUCUUUCCGCCUCAGCAAGAAACCGGGAGAGGUGAAAGAAAAAGCUCCCAAAAAGAGGACGGCUGCAGCCAAGCCCAAGAAGCCAGCGGCUAAGAAGCCUGCUAGCUCUGCCAAGAAGCCCAAGAAGGCUGCGGCAGUGAAGAAGAGCCCCAAGAAAGUGAAGAAGCCGGCCGCUGCCGCGGCCAAGAAAGCAGCCAAGAGCCCCAAAAAGGCGACUAAGGCUGCCAAGCCCAAGAAGGCGGCGACAGCAGCAAAGAGUCCAGCCAAGGCAAAGGCGGUGAAGCCCAAAGCAGCUAAGCCCAGGGCAGCCAAGCCGAAAGCAGCCAAGGCAAAGAAGGCGGCGCCGAAGAAGUGAAGUGCUGAAGUGGAAAUACUGAAACCCAACGGCUCUUUUAAGAGCCACCCACUAUUGUCCCGAAAAGGGCUGAUGCACUCCUUCGCCGAGGUCCGUGCCUGCAGCAGAGGUAACCACACAACUAUCCGUGUGGGACGUUCGUCUGUGGAUUGGAUGGGACGCUAAACUUCCGGCCGUGGUUACGCUAAGACUAGGAAAAAUAAAAUUUGUAUUUCCUGCGAAAA